GUGGGGUGAGCAUGGUAAGAGGAACUGAAAGAGAUUGAAAGAGAGACGGGGAAAGAAAUAAGGGAUAGAGGUGUAGAGAUAGGACGGGAGAGAGGGAAAACUGCAUGGGAGUCUCUCCAGUUUGAUAGGAAGAGUGUAGCAUAGAAGAGUGGCUCAGAGGAGCUGACUGGCCGUGCAUGCACUCAGCAUAGCCACUUGACUGCGCUCAUUCAGGAAAAACACACGCAUACAAAAACACACACACACACACACACAGAGGAAGGAGCUGGGAGCCGGAAAGGAAACCCAGGAGGGGGAAACCGAAUGGGGCAGAGCACGCGAGUUUGAGAACCAGCAGCAGUCGCAAGGGGGGGAGGAAGGGAGGGGGGGUGUCCAGCCAAGCGACAGCCAGCCAGCCAGCCAUGGGGAGCAGAGAGGCGGGAGAGAGAGAGGGUAAACCAGAGGAACGUGUACCCUGCAGCUCCCCAACUUCUCCCAGAAAUGCGAGACAAGCGGGAUGAGAGGGGGCCGGCUAGCUAGCUCUCGCUCCUGAGCGGCGGUUUAACCAGGGGUGGGAGGGGGGGUUGCAGUCAACAGAAGUGUUCGUUGUGGAGGACCAUGGGGCCGGGGCCAUCGCGGGGGGGCUGUCUGCUCAGGUGGCUGGGGUUGAAGGUGUGCCGCAGGAGCACGCUGGUGUUCGCCCUGCUCUGGUUCGGCACCUGGGUGUUCCUCAAUGGUCUGGUGUUUGUGCACCGGACCAUGCUCUCCGACUACUGCACGGAUGACAAGAGCAAGAGGAUCCUGCAGAGAGUGUGUGAGGAGUACCGCGAGGGCGCCCUGACUGGUGACCUGUGCGAGGACCUGUGCCUGAGCGGCCAGGUGGAGUACAAGCGCUGCCUCUACUACGAGAAUGGCAAGAAGGUGAUCGAGGCUCGGUGGCGUGGCACGCACGUAGUGCUCAAGUCCAAGCUGGAGAACUUCUCCUCCUACGAAAGCCUGGGCCUCCUGGAGUACCAGGACCCGGCCGAGGAGCUCGCUCCCCUGGACGUGGUCUUCUACGCCACCCUGGAGAUCAGGAACUCCCUGGGGCUGGACAUGGGUGGCAACGCCUCGCUGCCACCUCUGUGGGGCCAGAGGCUGAGGGAGCGCGGGCGGCCCUACUCGCGGGCAGAGCUGGCAUCGCUGUGGUCCCUGCUCCAGCAGGAGGAGUACAUCUUCCUGAGGGUGCUGCAGGACCUCAGCCGCCACGUGGCCAAGGUGCUGGGUUCCUGCGGACACUUCUACGCAGUCGAGUACUUGUCAGCGGGCCACGCCUGGGACCAGAACAUAUUCUCUCUGGAGGAGGUAUCGGCGGGCCCAUGGACGGCGAGGGACAUGGUGCACCGCAUCGCCCUCAGCUUCCUGGACAUGGCGUGGCGCUUUGACAAUGACUUCUCGCACCGCCUCCACCUGUGCGACAUCAAACCAGAGAACUUUGCCAUCCGGAAGGACCUUACGGUGGUGGCUAUAGAUGUGGACAUGGCUUUCUUCGAGCCCAAAAUGCGAGACAUCCUCAAGCAGAACUGCACUAAUGAUGACGACUGCAACUUCUUUGAUUGCAUCUCCAAAUGCAACAUGAAGACGAACAAGUGCAGCUCAAAGCGGAGAAAUAGCAACCUGCAGGUGAUCUGUGAGAAGAUCUUCAGGCCCUGGUUCUCUCCCACGCUGCUGGGUGCCAAGGCGGGCCUCCCCCUCCAGGUGGACCUCCAGCGGGCGGUGCAGGAGUGCGCCGAGACGCCCUGGGGAGAGGACGAGGAGCGUGCCCAGGCCGUCCAGAAGCGCCUGCUGCACCUCCUUACGCGCCUUCUCCACCAGGGGACCUCCUCUGAGCGUGGGGGCGCAGAUGGAGAGGGCAUUCACUCCCACACAGCUCUUAACUUCUGAGACAUUGCACUGUUCACCAUCACAAAAACGAUACAGUGAAGAAACCAACUAUAUUGGCUACAUGAGACAGUUAUUUAAAGUGUUUAGAUGUUUUGUGAUGUGGUUCCUGCGGACUGAUACUGGUUGUUGAUGUAACAAAAGAUGCACUGAUGGUGGUAGCACUGACUAUGUGCCUUUAGUACCUACAGUAAGCAGACUAUGGCAGUUUCUGAGGUAGAACUCCAGCAUCUGCCAAUAAUUGGCGAUCUAUCAAGCAAGUAGUUCUUAUUUGAGUCAUCUUUACCUUAAAUAAAUGCAGAUACUUUCUUUGAA